AUGCCUGGAUUGAAAGAUAUGUCGAUGCAACAACCAGGAAAUAAUAACAAAAGAGAGCUUAACGAAAAACCAAUAAUGCCGUACCACCGAAACAGCGUCAAUUCAAAUGGAUACUCAACAGAUGGAGGCCAACAAAGUAUCGCUGGCGAGGAGAGGAACAGCGAUGAAAAUAAUUCAGCCCCAACUUACGUGAUCGAACAUUUAGCCACAUUUACAGUCUCGAAAAGUACUGGUAUAGUUUACCCAGCAGAUGGAAUGAGGAGACUAUUACACCUUGAAAAAUCGAAUGGUAUUUGGUCACAAAAAAUGCAACUUCGUCUCGAUCAAUCUUGGGUCUUGAUAAUGGAUUUUGAAACUGGUGCUGUAAUGGAACGAUUUCCAAUUUCAUUAGUGAAAGAACCUACUGCUUUUACGAGUAACGAUCCAAUGGAAAUUUAUAACAAUAUUCUAGUAUUCGUAGUUGGUCAAGUUGAUUCACGAUCGGAGAUGCACAUAUUUCAAAGCCAAAGUGUACCCGCUCAAGAAUUAGUUGAUGACCUAAAGCUGUUGAGGUCUGGAAAAGGAAUUAAUAGAAAGUCAAGACAUGUACCACCUCCUCCCCCAACACCACCUCCAAAUCCGCCACCAAAUGGAGUCAGUGUACGAGAACAAGUGUCUGUUUUUAAUGCUGUUGCUCAUCACUCUGAUAAUAUCACUAGAGUUGAUGAUGAAACAAGUUCAACAUCUAGUGAAAAAUAUGAGAGAGAUGUUAUAGUACUGAAUCACUGCUUUGAUGAUAUUGAGAAAUUCAUUGCAAGGUUACAACAUGCAGCUGCUGCAUCUAGAGAACUGGAACGUCGAAGAAGGAAUCGUAAAUCCAAAAAGAAGGACAUAGGAGAUGGAAUGCUUACAAUGAGAGCUAAACCACCUCCAGAAAUUGAGUUCAUUGAUAUCUUUCAAAAAUUCAAACUCUCGUUUAAUCUUUUGGCUAAAUUAAAAGCUCACAUUCACGACCCAAAUGCUCCAGAACUUGUACAUUUUUUGUUCACUCCAUUGGCAUUGAUUGUUGACGCUUCUCAUGACACUCAAUAUAAACCAAAUAUUCCAUCUAGAGUUGUUUCACCUUUACUUACAAGGGAUGCAAUUAAUCUCUUGAUGAACUGUGUAACCAGUAAAGAAACAGAAUUAUGGCAUUCUUUAGGCGAUGCUUGGCUUAUACCAAGAGAGCAAUGGAAAGGCUAUGCAGCUCCUUACCAUCCAAUUUUUAUGGAUGGGUGGUCACCAGAGUAUCCGAUUCCAGUUUCUGAUGACCAUUUAAUCAAUGUUCCGACUACCGGUCCAAUUGAAUCAAAGAAAUCAAGAGACGAAAUUAAAAAUUCAAAUCCUGAGGGAGAAUUGCGAGACACUUUAUAUCAUCAUCGUGAUCGAGAACAUGCUGGUGUAGGUGAUGAUAGCAGUGACUAUUUUGAAUAUGAACACGAACAGUCAGCUAUGAUGGGCAUCAGACCACAGUAUACAUUUAAUACUGGUGGUAACUAUUCUGGCCAUCAUCAAGAACAAUUUGGACCAGAUGAUAGAGAUGAUACACAUAGUUUGGAAGGCGAAUCUGAACCUGAUUUUAACACACUGUCGCUUCAUAGUCCACCAAGAAUGGAUAAAGAACGUGCAGAUAAUAUGGCGGCACGCAGUGACAUAUCUGCCGAUUCGAUUGAGCGUAAUAAUGCAAGCGGGCCGGGAAGUGAGAGAUUUGAAAGAGCUCAAGCUAGGUGGUUGGAAGACAUGCGAGCACGAGGUGUAAAAAUAGUUCAAGUAACCUAUCCGAGAACUGCAAAUAAUGACAAAGAACUAUCUGUUGUACGUGGUGAAUUGUUAGAAAUUUUGGACGACAGUAGAAAAUGGUGGAAAGCUCGAAAUAACCGUUCACAGGUAGCUCAUGUACCACAUACUAUUGUUACUCCAUUUAAUCCAAUGCUGGACUCAAACGAUAUAUUUACAAAUCCAGUGUACGCUAAAGGGUAUGACAAGAGGUCAGCUUCACAAUCACAAAAUUACACACAAGAGUCUAUAAAAAGUGAAUUUGUUGAUCAAAGCAUGAGUUCUGAUCCAUCCAGAAAUACUGUACCACCACCGGUUCCAGCACCGGCCGAUUGGGUACGAAAAGAACGAAUUGGUAAAAAAGGAGAAUUCCGUUAUUUUUAG